CCCCUGGAACACAAGCUGAGCUCUUGUGGAGCUGCUUUUUCUCCUCCUCCUGCAGGUCACAGGUGUCCCCCAGCCAGGAGCGGCCAUCGCUGCGUCGCCGACAGUUCCAACCUCUACGUCUUCGGGGGUUACAAUCCCGACUACGACGAGUCCGGGGGGCCAGAAAAUGAGGAUUAUCCCCUCUUCAGGGAGCUCUGGAGGUACAACUUUGCCACAGACACCUGGCACCAGAUGGGCACCGAGGGCUACAUGCCCAGGGAACUGGCCUCCAUGUCACUUGUUUUACAUGGCAACAACCUCCUGGUUUUUGGGGGCACCGGGAUCCCCUUUGGAGAGAGCAACGGCAACGACGUCCACGUCUGCAACGUCAAGUACAAGAGAUGGGCUCUGCUCAGCUGCCGCGGCAAGAAACCCAACCGCAUCUACGGCCAGGCCAUGGCCAUCAUCAAUGGCUGUCUCUACGUGUUUGGAGGAACAACUGGGUACAUUUACAGCACUGACCUCCACAAGCUGGACCUCAACACCCGGGAAUGGAUCCAGCUGAAGCCAAACAAUAUGUCCUGUGACAUGCCAGAGGAGAGGUACAGACAUGAAAUUGCUCAUGAUGGUCAAAGGAUUUAUAUCCUGGGAGGUGGAACUUCCUGGACAGCUUAUUCCUUGGAUAAGAUCCACGCCUACAACCUGGAAACCAACACCUGGGAGGAGAUCACCACCAAACCUCACGAGAAAGUCGGCUUCCCAGCAGCCAGAAGAUGCCACAGCUGUGUCCAGAUAAAAAAUGAUGUGUUCGUGUGCGGAGGCUACAACGGAGAGGUGAUCCUGGGAGAUGUUUGGAAGCUCAACCUUCAAACUUUCCAGUGGGUCAAGCUCCCAGCUGCCAUGCCAGAGCCUGUGUACUUCCACUGUGCUGCUGUCACCCCAGCUGGCUGCAUGUACGUCCACGGAGGGGUGGUCAACAUCCACGAAAACAAACGGACUGGCUCCCUGUUCAAAAUGUGGCUGGUGGUGCCCAGCCUGCUGGAACUGUGCUGGGAGAAGCUCCUGGAAUCUUUCCCUCACCUAGCAACUCUCUCCAGAUCCCAGCUUUUGCACCUUGGACUGACGCAGGGACUCGUUGAGCGACUAAAAUGAGAACAUCUCCCACUUCUGUCCAUGCUGAAGAAUGAAUCCCACCCCCUCCCACCCCCUAUUUAUGGAUUCCAUGGAUGGUCUUGCUAAGAAACACGGAGGAACCUGCUCAAGGCCUUACUCAGCAAAUACAUCGAUGCCUUUCCAGACAUUGUUACUUUUAGUCAUUGAAAAACAAACAAAACAAAAAAAAAAAUCCCCUUUUUAUUUAUGGAGCUCUAAGUUACACCAUUAAUCAAAAAGUAUUUUCUGAGACUAAGCAGCCAGCCAGCAACCUGUCAUCAGCACACGCUUGCAAAUUAAUUGGGGAGCUUAACGAGCUACUGAAUGCCCAAGCCUGUGCUUACACCUGGCACCUUCACCUUGCUAUUUCCACCCUUGUGCAUCCAACGAGGAACAUUUGAUGCAGAACAACCAACCAAGCUGUUCUUUUGCUUUGGAGAACCCCAUCCUCUCCCACCCAGCUGAGCUCCCCCCCUCCCCCUUUUCUCCAAACCCACCCAAAUUCCUGCAUGUAUUCCAUGGGCAUGUUCCCAUCAUCCCUGAGCUUCCGGAGACGGCUGGAACGUCGCCCGGGGCGGCGAGCGAAGCUUGGCCCGUGCAGCUUCCCUGGUGCAGUGUCUGUGUUCUCUCCCCCCUUUUCAUAUUGAAAGGUUUGCUUGGAAGACUGGGAAAAAGUUGCCACUUGAGGGACUACUGUGUAGUUUACUGGGGGUGGGGAGGGAAAAGGUUUUCCUGAGGUUUUUUGAAACCUUUUCGGCUCACUUUACACCCGGAACGAGCUACGGUAAAAACUCGCCCCGUAGAUUUCAGAGCUCUUUGAACCUGCUCAACCAAGCCCUGGUUUUCAGCAUCUCCCAGCUGAGAGAGAUGGUUUUCCUUCCUCCCACACAUCCCAAACUGACCUUUAUCGUGUUGUUCUUGUUGUUUCAUGUUCCCCUGAGGGUGGGAGAUGUGAUUUAAAGCCGGUUUGGGGAGUGGCUUUCUGGAUCGCUCAGCCCAGGAAAUCCAGCAUCCAAAAAAGGGGAAAGGGAACAUCUCUCCCUUGUGCUGGGAUCAGGGAUUGUCUCUGCACAGGCAGGACAGGAAGAGGCUCUGGUCCUCUUGUGCUCUCUACACUGAAUUUAUUUAAGUGGCCACUGAACUCUGAGCAGCUCCAGGCGUGAGGUUUGUGCAAAAUCCUUUUCAGUUGGAGCCCAUUUUUAAAGUGCCUUUUGUUUUUAAAAUCAGCUUUUCCCAAUGCUUCCCUCUUCAUCAAAGGCAGAGGUUACACUCUGGGGUUUUAGUUUCUUUUUAAGAGGUUGCAUUUAUGUUUAAAUAAACCAUAGCAUUGUCUUCAUGUUGUUAAUCCAAA